CUGUGCGGCAAAACGAGACUUGACUUUUAUCGUGGUUCAUCACGUAUCUCUGCACAUACAACACCUCCGUUACCGAAUCAAGUGUUCUCUAGUAAGACCGACUUGACCAGAUCAACAAGGAUUAAAGCAAUAUCUUUGCUCCUCAGCUAGGAAUCAACUGUUGUCAACAUGGCUAUCAUGCAGAGAUGCUGCUGUUUUGACAAUGUCCGCUCUGGGUCCAUUGCAUCAGGAAUAUACACCCUGAUCUAUGCGGCUGUGACAUUGGCCCUUGCAGCUAUUUUGCUGUCACUUUCCUGGAGCUUAGUUGUCUCCGGCGUGCAAGAGGUGAGCAGCGUCUUCAUUAUACUCAUCUUGGUGGUGUUGCUGUGUGUACUGAUACUGAUUUCUUCCAUACUGCUCCUUGUUGGCGUUUCAAAGGACCAGCGUGGAUAUCUGUUUCCAUACAUGAUUGUUAUGCCGAUACUCAUUCUGCUUCACGUAGCUUACUGCAUACUGUGCAUCAUUGGGGCGGCCGAGAUUGGUUCGGAGGGCCAGGGAUACUCGCCAUACCAAAGGAGCGCGGUGGACGGUAGUAUUGCUUUCUUGAUGAUUCAACUCGCCAUUUGUGUCCUGUUCACUGUGAUGGAUGUGGUUUGCUUCCUGUGCGUGGUGUCUCAGUACCAGGAGCUGAGAGAUGGGCGUGGCCGUCAACAGGACAUUGUAGUCAGGGCCACCCUGAUCACCACUACUGCCCCUGGCUUUGGGGGCGCUGUGGUCGUGACCCAGCAAGGUGGCGUCCCACCGCAGAAUUAUGCCAUGCAGCAGGGCUACGCACCCCAGCAGCGCGACGCACCCCAGCAAGGCUUCGGCUACGCACCCAUGCAGGAAGACUUCGGGCCCGCACAGGGUUACCCCGCCCAACAGCAGUACCCGCAGGCGAUUUAGGCUUUUGCUGCACAUGCUGAUCGGUCACGGUCAAUCGCCAGGUUUUCCUGCAUCCUAUUCAAACCAAACAAGGUUUUUUCGGCUUUGUUAAACGAUAUUUUCGGCUUUGUUAAACGAUAUUUACUAUGUCUUGCAUUUUAAAGAGUUUAGGCCUAAUGCAGUUGACUUGUGUGUAUAUACUUUGUUGCGGUUUUUAUCAGCUUUUGAUUUCUUAUAAAGGUUUACAACCCCUAAAAUGUAAUGAAGCUUUCGAGAUUUAAAGGCAAAUUGAUAGUUUUGAAAAUUGAUCGAUUGCCAUCAAUAACUCCCCAACUUUGACAAGAGUGUGAAACUGACAUUAAUAUUCUCACAGAUAUGUUAGCUUUACGAACUAUUAAACAACUUGUGAUCAUUUACAUAAACAAAAAUGUUGGAUUUGUUUGCGCGAAACGAUAAUAGUACUGUAGCAAUAGGCAUAACCUCCAUAAUGUAACGGUCUGUCACAUGAGUAUCAUGUAAACAUGUCAAUGUGGUCAAUUUUCCAAAACGGCAUCCAAGCGAAGCAUAUUAUUAACGUAACCCCAAUAUACAGGGUGAGUCAAAAAUAACGAAACCCAAAUGUCGGGACCAUUGUUUUAGUGACGUUCUGCAUG